UUAUAUAUUUAUUAUCAAUUUAAAGUUUAUUUUUCCUAUUUGUCAUUGGCUUUAAUAUGUAAAUAAUAAAAAAUGAGUGAAAAAACGAGCAGCUAGUCGUGUACCAAGUCCAAAUCUAGUUUAAUCUUUCCAGUAACUUUUUCAUAAUGGAUGUAUUAAUACGAUUAAAUAAUCAAACUGUUGGCCGCGACAAAAUAAUAAGAUUAUUCCAGUAUGGAAGUCGUGCCGGAUGGUAUUACACACAAAAUAAAUUGGUGACCUACCAAUCCAAUGAUAUUUUAAAAAGCCUCGAGUACACCUUCAGCUCCUUUAGAAAAUUACUUCGACUUGGACGAUUCCUGGAUAGUCUAUAUUCAGCAUUGUCGUCGAUGAAAUAUCCGAACCUAGUAAUUAGAAUUACACUGACGUUAUCUAAAAUAUCAAACGCCCUUUACUUGCUCGCCGAUCACAUUAUUUGGGUCGGCAGAGCCGGAUUGUUAAAAGUUAAUAUCGAUAAAUGGAAUACGAUAGCCAACAAGUACUGGCUGAUGACAAUAGUAAUGAACUUAACUCGAGAUAUUUAUGAAAUAUUACAAAUAAUGGAAGAGUGCAAGUUGAGUGGAGUGUCCAAGAUAAAUCUUGAGUCAAAAAGUUAUCGUUACAACAAAUAUCGUACAUUAUUUUACCUUAGCAGUCACAAAGACGUUGUUUUAGAUACAAUAAAAAAUGGUUGUGAUUUUUUCAUUCCCUUUACAGCAUUAGGAUACACUAAAUUUACUCCAGGUAUGGUUGGAAUACUUGGAUUUAUUUCUUCAGCCAUUGGCAUUUAUUGUUUGAUUGAUCCUCUAGCAAAAUUAUCUCCCGCGUAAUUUAAAUGUUGAUAAAUUACUUGACCAUGAUUUUAAGAUUGAGGGUAAGGGGGUGAAAGGUUUUUUAAGAAAACAUAAAAUAAAACAAAUGUAUUUUUAUAAUAAUUAAUAAAAUAAAAAGUAUUAAGCGUG